GAUUCUUGUACACUUGAAUUCCAGGAGUAUGGCAGCGUGCACACAUUUUGGUUUGGGCCGAUUGCGUCGGUGAACAUCUGCGACUACUCCACUGCCGUGGACGCAAUGGUGAAAAAGGGAAGCACGUUUGCAGAUAGAAUUUCUCCCUAUCUGUUUAAUCUCACAAGAAAUAAUCGCGGUAUUAUCGCAUCCAACGGUCCAGCUUGGCUGGAACAACGUCGCUUCGCACUUCACACACUUCGAAAUUUUGGUUUAGGAAGGAACAUCAUUGAAGAGAGAAUCAUGUUUGAGUUCAACAUUGACUUGGAAAAGCGUUUGAAGACUGGAGAGACUUCGAUUCACCCUUUUAAUAUGUUCGAACUGCUAGUGGGGAACAUAAUCAACAGAAUUCUCUUCACGGACCGAUUCGAGAAGGUUGGGAAUCUUACAUUCUUCGCGUUGAAAACGAAAGCUCACGAGACGACGGAGAAUUUCACGAUCUUCGACAUGCUCAUUGAUGAAUUCAACGUAAAUCUGCCAUUAAUCAGUCAACGAACGAAGCACCUUCUGAAUCCACUUAAAGCCGUGCUCGACUUCAUUCGAGGACAAAUCCAACAACGGUCGCACACUCGCGAUAUCGAGCAGGGAACGCAUGUGCUCGAAGGCGAAGGUGGAGAUUUUGUGGAUGCAUUUCUAAUUCAGAUGAAGAAGGACAAGGACAGCAAUACCUCGACAAAAAUGCUGUUGAUGUCACUGUUGGAUUUAUGGAUGGCUGGACAAGAAACGACGACGGUCACAUUGAACUGGGCAUUCUCCUACCUACUGCUCAAUCCUCAAGUAAUGAAGCGGGAACUGCUUUCCGUCACGAAAGGUGAAAGGCCGCUCUCGAUCACCGACCGACCGAAUACUCCUUUCUACAAUGAAAUCCAUCGAUGUGCUUCAAUUGUCCCGCUUAAUCUGUGGAGAAACACCGCUGAGGAUGUCGUCGUUGGUCCAUACGUAGUUCCCAAAGGCACGGCUAUCACUGCGUUAAUCUCCCUUAUCAUGACAGAUGAGAAGUACUUCACGGACAAAUAUGAGUUCAACCCCGAACGCUAUUUCAAUGGCGAUCGGCUGGAGCAGAUGGUGGUGGCGUUCGGACUGGGGAAGCGCUCAUGUUUAGGCGAAUCGCUCGCCCAAGCCGAAUUAUAUCUUGUAAUUCGCUUUUGUUUGAUAGUUUUUCAUGAGCGAUACGGUGAAAAUUUCACUUGUUUAAGAUCAUUGGAAAUCUCCUACUUCGCUACAUCGUGUCUCCUGAUCCGCUUCAUUUGCCGAGUACGGAAGCCCGAGGGAAACUGGUAA